AUGGGCGAAAGUUCGCGACAGAAGCUAUAUAACCAAAGCAUACAAGAUGCAUACAAUGUGCUUUUAAACCAAAAACGAGCUUCAAGAUCGUCUGCAACCAUAGAGAACGACGAAAACGAGGAAGAGCCUACAGAAAUGAGUGAGUUUAGCGAUUCUGAGGGCGGUUAUAGCGAUGAUCUAAUUCAAGAAGAUGAGUUUCUUGCUCAAGAAGAAGAUGAAGAGUACUCGCGAUUUAAGAAAUCAGUAAUUCAUGACCAGGUGGAUGAUGAUUACGGAUGGUUAGAUGAUGACGAGGAUACCGAUUACACGGAAGAGGCAGAUCAGAGCUUCAUUCAAGACAAUGGCGAAAGCAGUUAUUCAUCAAGAGAAGGCUCGGUUCUGCACGAGAUCUCGUCGAAAAGCUUCUCGGGAAAGUGGUUACUGAUUGGGAUUAUUACUACGGCUUUGAUCUGGUUCAUGGUUAGUCCGUCCUCAAGGUUGGAGAAUAUUGAACGUGAAUUGAAGCACACAGGCAUGGGAGGAAGACAGGAUCAAGGUACUAAUAGCUUAGAUUUGGACUCUAAUAUCAAGGUGAUUAUCCAGCAAUUUGAGAAGAACAUUAAACGUAUUCUACCUAAAUAUAUGAAGAAAUUAGAAAUGGAUGUCGCAGACCUAGAAUCUAAAGUCCAGAAGAUUGAUCAGCGUUUGCUGAAUCAAAAUAUUACACAAUGGGAGAAGGAUCUAAUUACGAAUUUGAACGAUAAACUUCCCGAAAAGAUUCCCAUUGUUAUGGAAAAUGACACUGGGAUGUUAUUAAUUCCAGAGUUGCACGACUAUUUGUCGGCUAUGAUUGGACACGUUGUGAGGCAGAGUGUUACUUCACUGCCUCAGUUCGAUUUCAAUCUGAACGAUUACGUGAAAGAAGUUCUCAAAAAUAACUUCCAGUGUGUUGACAAGCAAACAUUCCUGGAUCAACUGCAGGGAAGUUUGUUUUCUACAAAGAAAGAGAUUUUAGAGGAGCUAGAAUCUCGCCUGUCGCAUGUUACAAACUCGGAUUCUGUAUCACAACAGUAUUCAUCCGUUUUGAUAAAAAAGCUUGUACACAGAAUUUACAAUGCUAACCAGCAUCAAUGGGAGUCAGAUUUGAAUUUUGCUACUCUAGCACAAGGCACGAACCUUCUUAAUCACCUAUGUUCAAAAACCCAUCACGGACCUGUUGGGCCUGUGGAUCUAUUACAAGAUUGUACGAGCUGUACGUCUACAUAUUGGAACUGCCAGCCUACUGGAUGUACUUGGGCUAUCAGAUUUUCUGAACCUAUGUUUCUUACCAAACUAGGCUACAUUCAUGGCAAGUUUAGCCAUAACCUUCACGUUAUGGCUGCAGCUCCGAAAACCAUUAGGGUUUACGUGAAACUAAAUGAGGUCAAGAGGAGACCACCUUCUAACUUUGAAUACUGGAGUAAGAGCAGUUCCUUUAUCGCUUUAGGUUCUUGGGACUACGACAUAUUUGAUAGUCAUAUUAGGCAAGACUUUGAGCUCCCGCAGUGGUUUAUACAAGCCAAGAUGCUUGUACGUGCAGUAGCUUUUGAAGUUGUAUCGAACCAUGGAAAUCAAAAAUAUACUUCCUUAAAAAAGUUCGUUAUUAAUGCUGUUACUCCACAAGAUUUGCAGUUAAUGGAUAAGUUUCCUCAGGACUGGAAAACCAAAGUACCGGACUACUCGGUUAUGAUAGAUGAAAAGGAACGACUCAGAGCUUCUCUCGUUGCAAAAAGACAUGAUGCGGAUAAAGUACCUUCAUUUGGGGAUGACGAAAUUGAUACCUAA